AUGCCGAUCGGCUUCGAGCCGUGUGAAAAUUUAGAUAGUAAAGUGACACAUAGGGAAGGGAUCAUCCUGGGGACGCACCACGAGAAGGGUGCAUUCACCUUCUGGUCCUACGCCAUCGGGCUGCCCCUGCCCAGCAGUGCCAUCCUCAGCUGGAAGUUCUGCCAUGUCCUGCACAAGGUUCUGCGCGACGGCCACCCCAACGUCCUCCAGGACUGCCAGAGGUACCGCAGCAACAUCCGAGAGACGGGGGACCUGUGGGGCCAUUUGCACGACAGGUACGGGCAGCUGGUGAGCAUCUACACGCGGCUGCUCCUCACCAAGAUCUCCUUCCACGCCAAGCAUCCUGAGUUCCCCCCAGGCCUCGAAGUGCCGGAUGAGGUGCUGGAAAAGACCGCGGGGACGGACGUGAACAACAUCUUCCAGCUGACGGUCGAGCUCUUCGACUACCUGGACUGCGAGCUGAAGCUGUCGGAGUCAGUUUUCAGGCAGCUCAACACCUCGAUGGCGGUCUCGCAGAUGUCGGCGGUGCAAUGCCGCCUGGCCCCCCUCAUCCAGGUCAUCCAGGACUGCAGCCACCUCUACCACUACGCCGUCAAGUUGAUGUUCAAGCUGCACUCCUGUCUGCCGGCCGACACGCUGCAGGGCCACCGAGACCGUUUCCACGAGCAGUUUCGCAGCCUCAAAAACUUCUUUAAGAAAGCGUCCGACAUGCUGUAUUUCAAACGCCUCAUCCAGAUCCCUCGGCUGCCGGAGAGCCCCCCAAACUUCUUGCGGGCGUCUGCACUGGCCGAGCAUGUGAAGCCGGUGGUUGUCAUCCCUGAGGAAGCUCCUGAGGACGAGGAGCCGGAGAACCUCAUCGAGAUCAGCACGGCUUCCACCACAGAGCCGCAGAUCACCUCGGAUAUAUUUGAGCAAACCUUUGGGCCACCCAACGGCGUUCGGGAUGACAGGGAUGCACAGAUCGAGAGCCUGAAGAAGGAGGUGGACAUGCUCCGUGCGGAGAUGGAGAAGAUUAAACUGGAGGCGCAGCGAUACAUCACGCAGCUCAAGGCGCAGGUGAACAGCCUGGAGGGUGAGGUGGAGGAGCAGCGCAAGCAGAAGCAGAAGGCGCUGGUGGACAACGAGCAGCUGCGGGAUGAGCUGGAGAGGCUGCAGAGGGCGAAGCAGGACAGCGACAGGUCCCAGCGGCUCUGUGCCGAAGCAGAAAAGAAAGCCAGCGCCACCGAGAUCCGCUACACGAAGCUGAAGGAGAAGCACAGCGAGCUCAUCAACACGCACGCCGAGCUCCUGAGGAAGAACGCCGACACUGCCAAGCAGCUGACGGUCACGCAGCAGAGCCAGGAGGAGGUGGCACGUGUCAAGGAGCAGCUGGCCUUUCAGGUGGAGCAGGUCAAGCGGGAAGCGGAGCUGAAGCUGGAGGACGAGAGCGUGCAGAUGGAGCAGCUGCGGCAGGAGCUGGACGCCCGGCGCGACGAGCUGGACCAGGCGCAGCGCUCGCUCAGCCACGCCAAGCAGGCGGGCGCGGAGCUCAGCGCCCAGGUGGAGGCCCUGCACGCCGAGAAGGAGGUGCUGAGGCGGUCGGUGAGCGAGAAGGAGUGUGAGCUGCUCUCCACGCGCGGCCUCGUCGAGGAGAAGGAGCUGCAGCGGAGCCAGGAGGCGGACAAGGCCACGAGGGAGAUCCGGGAGCUACAGGGCAGGCUGCUGGAGAAGAGCAACCAGGAGCAGAGCCUGCAGCAGAAGCUGCUGGACGAGCAGUUCGGCGUCCUGCAGGAGACGGUGCGGGAGGCGGAGGACAUCCUCCGUGACGCCGUGGCCAAGCUGGACGACCCGCUCCACGUCCGCUGCACCAGCUCCCCGGAUUACCUGCUCAGCCGAGCGCAGGCAGCGCUGGAGGCCACGGACGCCCUGGAGAGCGGACACGCGCAGUCCGUGGCCUCCAUGGCAGAUGCUGCGGGGCUGGUGGGGGCUCUGGCCCUCUUUUCACACCGGGGAGGAGGAAGAGGAGGGUGGCAGGGCUGGGAUGGGGGACCCCCUGCCCAAGGGGCUCGGCACCGACCCAUCCUCUCCGCAGGGCUGACGGAGACGUGCCGGGACUGCGGGCAGCGGAGCCUGGACUACCUGGGCGAGCUGAAGGACAAGCAGACGCUGGGGCGUGCCGAGCUGGGGGACGUGCGGCGGGCGCUGCGGGGGGUCCUGCAGCUGGCCCAGGAGCUGAGGCCCAAGAGCUUAGACAUCAAGCAAGAAGAGCUGGGGGACAUGGUUGAGAAGGAGAUGGCCUCCACCUCGGAGGCGAUCGAGGAUGCCGUCAGGCGGAUAGAGGAGAUGAUGAGCCAGGCCAGGAACGAGAGCUCUGGGGUUAAGCUUGAAGUGAACGAGCGGAUUCUGAACUCCUGCACGGACCUGAUGAAGGCUAUUAGACUGCUUGUAAUGACAUCUACGAACCUACAGAAGGAGAUAGUAGAAAGCGGCCGGGGGGCAGCAACAACGCAGGAGUUUUAUGCCAAGAACUCGCGCUGGACCGAAGGGCUGAUCUCUGCCUCCAAGGCGGUGGGCUGGGGAGCCACGCAGCUCGUGGAGUCGGCAGACAGAGUUGUCCUGCACACGGGCAAGUACGAGGAGCUGAUCGUCUGCUCCCACGAGAUCGCCGCCAGCACGGCCCAGCUGGUGGCUGCCUCCAAGGUGAAAGCCGAGAAGAGCAGCAGGAACCUGGGCCGGCUCCAGGAGUGCUCGCGUAACGUCAACGAGAUGGCGGCCAACGUGGUGGCUUCCACCAAGUCUGGGCAAGAGCAGAGCGAGGAGAAAGACACCAUGGACUUCUCGGGCAUGUCCCUCAUCAAGCUGAAAAAGGAAGAGAUGGAAACACAGCCCGAGCGAGACGCCGGCCCGUGCCCCCCUCCCGGGGCCACCUUCUAG